AUGAAUUUUGAAGAGUGGUUUAAGGGUUUGUUAAAAGCAGAACAGGCAGUAGACAAAGUAGCUAUGGUAGGGUCAGUAGCAAGUGUAGGAAAAGAACUGAAAGAUAACUUUUUGCGGGCCCUGGCAGAAAGAGAGGAAGCCAAUCUUACUGGAAAAAUUUCUUCCAUAAUCUUCAUUCGUGACCGAAAUUCUCGUCACCAGGAAGUGUCUGCAUACAUCGACUAUGCACACAGACUGACAACAGACAAUUUUGAAGUAUAUUUCAGUGGGAAGAAAAGACUUUUCCCUCGGAACACUGAUCUGAGCCUUCAUCCCGAAAUGCAAAAGGUGUACCCAGCCGAAGUUCAAACAAUGCUCUUUUACAACUGGGAUAGAAAUGUCAGCACUUCAAAUUCCAGCCCAAAUUACCAAGUGAUUGCAGAAAAUGCCUGUGGACUACUCUUCAAGAACAGAAGUGAUAGGAAAAUAAUAAAUGUGGAUCCCAAGGCCGACCCGGGAGACAACACAACACGGACGCCUGUUGAAACAAAUCUCUAUCUCCAUAUUGUUAUCUAUGACCAUAUCAUCAGAAGAGGGACCUAA